GGGGGCUGCCGGGCGCCCCGCAGCCCCGCCCCGCCUCCCGGGCGCCGCUCGGCUUCCCCACGGCGGCGGAGGGCGGGCGGCAGAGCGGGCGGCGGCGCGGCCGGAGCCCCGGUGCGGCGCAGCCCGGUGCGGCGCAGCCCCGCUCCCCAUGCCGGCGGCGCGGCGGGGCGCCCGGCUGAGCGCGGCGGCGCUGCUGGCGCUGCCCGCCCUGGCUCUGCUGGCGCUGACGGCCGGCGGCGGGGGCGGCGGGGGGGGGCAGCCCGGCUCCCCGCAGCCGCUCCCGCUGCCGCCGGGUUUGCGGGAGGAGCUGCGGCAGAGGCGGCGCGACCUGCGGCGCCUGACGGCGGCGGGCGGCGGGGAGGCGGCGGCGGCGGCGGGCGGGCUGGGCUGCGGCGACCUGAGCCUGGCGACCAGCGUCAGCGUGCUGGGCUGGGGCUUCACCAAGGUGGUGGCCCGAGCGGCGCUAGCGGGCGGCGGAGCCGUCGCCGUCAAGUCGGUGCACGGGGCGGGCCGGGAGGUGCGGCAGUGCGUGCAGCGGUACCGGGCGCCGGCGGGCUGCCGCCGCCUGGCCGCCUACAAGCUGAUGAAGGAGGUGACGCUGCUGCAGCGCCUGCAGCAUCCCGGUAUUGUCCAGCUGCACGGUCAAUGCUAUGACAGUAGCGGACAUCCCGACAUAGGGGUCACAGCCAUGCUGGAGCUGGGGUCCCCCGUGGAGAUGAUUCAGCUUCUGCAGACCCCCUGGGAGGAGAGAUUUAAAAUUUGCCUGAGUCUUGUGAAACUGCUAUUUUACUUGGCACAUUCCCCCUUGGGUUCAAUAGUCCUCUUGGAUUUCCAGCCGAGGCAGUUUGUUAUGGUGGAUGGAAACCUAAAAGUGACAGACAUGGAUGAUGCCAGCACUGAGGAACUGUCAUGCAAGGAAGAUAAUGACUGCACACUUGACUUCCCUACAAAAAGCUUUCCUCUCAAAUGCUCUGCAGUUGGGAAGUGUGAAGGAAUAAAUGAAAAGAAGAAUCUUUUCAAUGCAUAUCGGUAUUUUUUCACCUAUCUUUUGCCACACUCGGCUCCACCGGCUUUACGGCCCUUUUUGAGUGAUAUUCUGAAUGCAACAGGUGAUUUACGAUAUGGAAUAAAUGAGACCCUGAAAGCUUUUGAAAAGGUUUUACAUAUGUACAAGUCUGGGCUCUAUCUGCAGAAAAGACCUCUUCUUUUAAAAGACUACAUCUCCCUAAAGGGCUUCCGAACAGCAGAAGGGGAAGACUACAAGUGCUGGCCCUCCUACAGCCACCUGGGGUGCCUGCUCUCCGUUCACAGUGCUGAGGAAGCCGCCGCAAUUUGUAACUCCCAGUUGCAGUGUCGAAGUUUUAUCGUUACCCAGCGCAGGACGUGGACAGGACGCCCACUUGCCUUGUUUCAGAAUAGCGUGACUGAUUUAAUACCGGAUGUUAACGCUGUAGUCUAUAUUAAACGAUCGACUUCCUGAGGGAAAAGACUUUAAAAACAGCGAGAUCACAUAAACUGAUCCUGGGAGGAACAAACCACUGGGGAGAAUUUCAUCUGCUGAAAAGAAUGACAUGUUUUAUUUUGCUUUGGGAUGGGAUCUCCCUGCUGGCUCAGAUAGAGUCAAAUGCUGCUGCCUCCUCGAUCAAAGCUCGGAUUUCUCAUUCCAGCCCCGCUAGCUUUUUUAUAUGUUCCCACACUGCUGUACUGCCUAAAUGCUCCCAGUUUUAGUCAAAUGUCACUAGACUGUGCAAUACCUAGGCUUGCUGCUUUAGUAACCGACUUGUUCAGCCAAGAAAUAGAAAUAGCUGCAAGGGAUCUGGCUUGGGUAGGCUUAGUUAGUUCAGUCACCUCUGAAAACCUAUGGAUAAUGCACCUCGGAGAGGGCAACUGCUCCUUCUGUAGCUGCCUACCAGGAUUUCAUACCACUGCAAAUGUAAAGGACUGGAUUUCAGAUGGGGCCAAGGUUGCAGGGUUGGGAUCCAUUACCAGAGGUUGAUGAUGGGGGUGGUUUUCCAAGAAGGGUCCUGAUUCAGUUCCUUCCAGGUCAGGGGAGGGAGGUGGUAUAUAAGUCAACUCUGGAACCAAAUGUCUGCAUGUUUGGAUGCGGGAUUUGGCUUUGACCCUAUGUGAUUUGUAAUGCCAGCUCCCAUGUAUCAACCUUGAAGGUUUUUCUCUGUUACUUUCCAUGAAAGAGCGAGACAUUCAAAUUAUUUAUGUGCAAGUUGUGACUGUAUGAUAAAGAAUGACUAUGGUUAAA